AUGCGUGGAGUUACACCUUCUGAUAAUGUAGAUCCUACACGCAGUAAAGAAAUUGAGAAUAUUAUACAUUGCUCUCUUCAACAUUUUGAAUACGAUGAUGCGGUGAUGUUAGCUGAGGUGUAUCAUGAAACAGUGAAUACCAGUGAUUCGUUGUAUUUAUACGCUUACUGUUUAACCCGAGCGGAACGUUUGGAGGCAGCAUAUAAUUUAUUGAAACUCAAAUUUCUUUCAUCUCCGGAAAUUCGUUAUCUGUUUGCACAUUGCUGUUAUCACCUGGAAAAAUAUCAAGAAGCUGAAAUGGCUUUACGUAUACAUGAUCAGCCCAAAUUAGAUGACUGUUUCACGAAUACCUCUGUGGAAUCAUUCGCUCACAGUCUGCUCAGCAGAGUUUUUGUAGAGACUGGUCGACCAGAUGAAGCGGCUGAUGAGGGUAAGUUGGCACUAAAGCAAAAUGUAUUUUCGUGGACGAGUUUGAAAACAUUAUGUAAUUUGGGCAUCGGUAAUCCAGAAAACAUUUACACAAGUUUGUUGACAUGUGUAAAUGAAGCACGUUCAUCAGACAAACCAAAAACCUCUAAAAGCAUGGGUGUAGCAACGAGAAGUGCUGAGAAACUGACAAAAAAUAACGAGAAAAGAACGCCAAGUGGUAGUAAAGAAGUUGAGCAAAAAAUGACUUGUUUUGCACCAAAAAAAAGUAAAACGGGCAUAGCAGCUAAAAGAAAUACGGAACUAGGUAUAGUCAGAAGACGGCUCGAGGAAGGCAUGGAAACACGACGCAGUGCCCGCUCAUAUGGAGUCUCACAGGAUAGUGAAAAUCAGACUGUUGCAAAGGAUGUGAGGACAUGUACACGUUCUCGUGUUGCAGUCCUUUCUGCAAGUGGAACACCACGUAGUUUGCAAGACAAACAGUUGCGCUCAAUGAAUCGCAUCAACGAAAUGGAGUUGUCGAAAACGCCUCCACCAAUACCUUCAAUUCAUAAAUUAAUAGAAUCAAAUGAUGACCUUCCAGAUACAGCGCCUAAAUUAAAAGAUGAAUCUGCUCAUCAAGCACAAAAAAGCUCAUUAAGUCGUACACGUUCAGGCUCUCAGCCUUGUGUUAUUCCUCUUUCUUCACAUGAUCAAAAUACUGUACAGUUCAAACAGGAGCCGGAAUCAUUGGGUGUCUCGAUUGUUUUCUCGCGUUCAUCAUCUAGUGUAUCAUUAACAUCUUCUUGUUCACCCCAACCACCCAGACAUCGUAGCAGAGAAAAGUUUCAAUUGGAGACAUGUACGCGUAUAAUGAAACGUUUACAAAAUUUCGUUUCAAAGCCGCCAUCAAUUGAACGUCUUCAAAACUCUAUUGCUGACUGGGGUACUCUGUUCACAACAGUGGUAGAACACAUUAGUUGGUUAGCUAUGCUUCAAUGUGCUGUGGCGACAUACAGAUCAAACUCAGUAAUUGGUCGCUAUAACCUGAUGCCUGAAAAGUGUAAGAAAUUUGCUUUGGCAAGAGAGUUGUUGGCUCGAGCGUAUUUGGAAAAGCUUGAUUAUACAAGGGCAACAGAAAUCCUGGAAGAACUUCGUCGAGAAUUUCCACACCGCGUUGCAGGAAUGGAGAUUCUUUCAACUGCAUUGUGGCAUGCGCAAGAUGUUCGUCGACUGUCAGUACUUGCCAUGCAGAUAACAGAGGAAUGUCGGUUUUGUCCGGAGGGUUGGUGUGUAGCUGGUAAUUGCUUCAGCGUACAAAAGCAACAUGAUACAGCCAUUGAAUGCUUCGAACGUGCUGUCACUAUCAAUACACGUUUCCCUUAUGCUUAUACGUUGUUAGGACAUGAAUUGCUGGAUUCGGAUCAUCAGAGUAAAGCUGCAGCAGCCUUUAGGCGAGAUUUUCUAAUUUCCAGUACUUUUUCAAAACCAACACGAAAGCGCGCACUUUUGCUUUGUCCAACGGAUUACCGUGCUUGGUUCGGGCUGGGUUUAUUGCAUUUUAAAAAAGAACAAGUGAACCUUGCUCGCGUUCACUUAAGUCGAGCUGUAGCAAUUAAUCCGUUUAAUUCAGUACUACUGUGUCAAUUAUCAGUUGUUGAACAAGCACUACAUAAUAACGAUACGGCAAUGGAACUAUUACAGAAUGCGUUAAAGAUUUCACCAGACAACGCUGCUUGUAGAUUCUAUCGUGCUCGUUUGCUGUAUGAAAUGCAUGAUUAUGCGCGGUGUCUGGAAGAAUUAAAUGAUCUAAAACUUAUUGCUCACGAUGAAGCACAGGUAUUUUUCCUCUUGGGUCGCGUGCAUAAGAAGCUUGGUGACACACAUUUAGCGUUAUUAAACUUUAGUUUGGCGGCAGAAAUGGAUCCUCGUGGAGAGCAGAGUCGCAAUAACUUUACCGAUGCUCCUUAUGAUGACGAACCUUCCUCUCCUCCGUCUGAAUGA